GAAAAGCCCAGUACAAUAUGUACAUAUCUUAAUCAUUGUAUUGCAUGUGCUUUACAUGCUGAACUGUUUUUUUUUUUUCACCUGAACAUGACUCUCUAUCUGCACUUACAUAAUCCACAGCUCUGCAGCACAUUACACGGAAGUGGGGGGAGGAGAGUUCUUAUUUGGUACACUGCAGAAUGCUCUCCUUACUGUUGAAAUGCAGGAAGUAUAACACAGGUCAGAUGGUCUCAUUUGCAUGCUCUGUGCAAUUAAUGACUUAACAGUCAGAACAACAAAAAGUGGUAAAGAAAAUCAUUUUGAAACUCUCAACUGAAUUUAACCACUAUGGAUAAUCAGAAUUCCCAGUUACUAAGCAUUAUCAAUGACCUGAGCUCUGAUGAAAGUAGAGAUGUGAGUUUCUUGUGCAAAGACUUUGUUCCAAAAGGAGCUUCAGAACUGAAAGACCUUUUCAUGGUACUAAAGAAACAAGGUUACACUGAUCAAGAAAUCACUGAUUUUGUUGCAGAGCUGCUAUACUAUCUGAAGCGAUUCGACCUUCUUAAAAAACAUUUUAAAUGUAGUAAAGAUGAAAUGGAGAAAAAACUAAGCGUUCCAAAAGUGGCAAAAAUUACUCCAUUCAGGUUGCUUCUCUUUGAGCUCGGUGAGCUUGUACCAGACUCAGAACUUAUGAAGAUUAAGAGGGUGUUCAGUGAUGAAAUUUCCAAUGCUAAACUGGACAAGGCAACUGAUAUGAUGGAUGUUUUUACUGAGUUGGAGAAAAAAAGUCUACUGCAUAACCUGGAGUAUUUGAAAAACAAAUCUGAACAUUUUGUUAAAGACUUCAAAACGAAACUAUUGGAAUAUGAGCAAAACAACCCAGGUAUGUGAUAUUUUGACAAAAAAUAAGAUA